AUGAAGCACUACGGUAUGUCGGAAACGAUGUCCUGCAAUGCACUUGCGGGGGAACAGGGACUCUCUUGUUCCUCUGUAACACAGUUGCCAAUGUUAAAAAGGAUCCAUAGGCGAUUCAUAGAGGGCAAAGUCAAGGACGCUCCGAUUGAAGUUUCAGCGGGGGUCGGUGGGCGGCGGAAGCGAACGAUCAGCGACAUUUCCCAGGGUGAGAAUGCCGGGCAUGGAAAGACAUCAGUACCUCAAAGAGCGUCAUUUCAAAUUCCAUGCAAGUUUGUCCCACAAAGACUUUCGGUUGUUGACAUGCUAAAAUUGGGAAAGCUCAUUACCGAUACCACAACCUCCUUUGAGAUCUUUAAUUUUGACAUGUCGGUAAUUUGGAACUGGUGGAUUUCGUAA